GGCGUUCGUUUCACAAACAAUAAAAUAGAUCGAGACGCCAUUUUGUUCCUUAAUAAUCAAAAUAUUCCGCAAAUCUUACGAUCAUCGUUGAGUUUUAUUAAUAUUCGUUGGAUGAAAUGUGUCUGUGAUAUAAACAAUUGAGUGUCAGAAACGGUAUUUUCUUGUGAUAUGUACUAAUUUGCCUUUGUGUUAUUUAUUUUGAAUACGUUUCGGGGAGGUUGUCAAUCAGCUGAAAGAUAAGAAAAUGAGUACAAAAGAUGAUGAGUACGACUAUUUGUUUAAAGUGGUUCUUAUUGGAGACUCUGGAGUAGGAAAAAGUAAUUUAUUGUCAAGAUUUACUAGGAAUGAAUUUAAUUUGGAGUCAAAAUCAACAAUAGGAGUUGAAUUUGCCACACGUAGUAUACAGGUCGAUGGUAAAACGAUAAAGGCACAGAUAUGGGACACGGCAGGCCAGGAACGGUACAGGGCCAUCACGGCCGCGUAUUACAGAGGCGCAGUCGGUGCCCUUCUGGUCUACGACAUUGCCAAACAUCUGACGUACGAGAACGUUGAACGCUGGUUGAGAGAGCUGCGCGACCACGCUGACCAGAACAUCGUCAUAAUGCUUGUUGGCAACAAGUCGGAUCUGAGGCAUCUCAGGGCCGUAUUGACCGAGGAAGCGAAGGCGUUCGCCGAAAGGAACGGGCUGUCGUUUAUCGAGACCUCUGCAUUGGACUCAACGAACGUCGACAUGGCCUUCCAGAACAUACUCACCGAGAUAUACCGAAUCGUGUCGCAGAAACAGAUACGUGAUCCGCCCGAAGGCGAUACCAUCCGGCCACAUAACGUCGAGCCAAUCGACGUCCAGCCGACGGUCAGCUCGGACGGGGUACGCAAGCAGUGCUGCCAGUAGUGGACGAGGGACGAUGCCUGCCCGCCCCACCCACAGCAAUAUUUUUUAAGAGCAUCGAUUUUAACAUAACACAGGUGAAGACACUUGCUUAAAACAAAAUUGUUGAGGAACUGACUUAGGUUUUUCUUGUAGGAUACAGCAUCAAGUAGUACCAACAGUAAAAACCACUUGACAUCAGUGGCCUACUUGUGUUGUGCAGUUAAUUUAUAUAUAAAGGUAUCAAAAAUAAAUCUGAAUGUCAUAUGCUAACAAAAUGUGAGUUAGUUGUGGUCAGUCCACUGUUAUUUUGCUGCGCACUUAGAACAUUGCUAAAUAUUGGAUUCCAAUUUAUAUUCCUGUUUUAUGUAUGGUAAACAAUUUUUUUAGUUAUAUUUCUCUGUUGCAGUUUUUCUAUACAUAUAUAUUAGGUACUAUAUAAGUAAUGAGAUGUAUUUAUAAUCUUAUAAAUAUAUUGCUUUAUAGCAUGUGAUUAAAAUGAAUGGAGCGAAAAUAAACAAAGGGGCUUUGAUAAAUAAGUAGAUAUAUAAUUAAAAUUAAAAGACAAGGCCUUGGAAUGGUUGUAUGUGGUGCUGACCGGUGUCUGUACAUAAGACCUAUACACCAAACUAUAUCUCAAACCCCCACUGUUUAAACUGCUUCAUAAAACAAAUGUACACUCAAAUUAUUUAAUGUUAAACCUAAAUGUUUAUUUUAUAUCCAUGUAAAAGUAAUAAACAGCAGAUGUUUAAACAGAGCAAUUGUACUAAAUUUAACACUAACUAUUUAAAAAUGAUAUGUUAUACACAUUCUGAUUGACUGUUAGGUAUGUUAAAUUAUAAAGCAAAAAUCGUAACACACCAAUAACAAGAAAAUGUUGCGACACCAGGCAUUGCACUCCUUGCUACUGUAUGUUUAUUUAAACUGUGGUGUGUGAUGAUAUUUUGUUUUUGUGAUUUAGUAGUUAAAUUAUUUCAAAUUGUAGUCAGGUUACAUAUGUAGAUAAUUAUCAUAUAUUUUUUUCUGUUAUUACCUUUCCAGCCAACGAUUAUUUUGUUGGAUCAUUGCGAACCAACCAAAUAAUUGUGAACCGUGUAAUAUAAGCUUAUCGAGAUUUACUAUAAAUUUAAUUUUUAAAUAAAAUUAUUGUAACUUA